GUUUUCAUCUCUGUAAACAAGCUUGGAAAAUGGAUGGUAUCGUAGCUGGUCGUAAGCUAUUGGAAGCCUCUUUACCAAAAGAAGACACUAUUGGCAUCAUAUCUGGUGGUUUAGUUGGAGGGCUAGCUGCCAUGUUGAUCCUGGUCUUUCUCUUCGCUCUCUGCAAUACAUGUAAGGAGAGCAAAAAAGAGCAAAGCAAAACUGGAACACUCCCUAAAAUGAUGACUGAUAGUACCCACAGAGAUGUUGUUCAGUCCAUUAUUGAAUCUGAUCACUUAGCUGUUGAUUUUGAAACUGGAAUCAUUCCAUUAUCAAAUGGUAUCGCACCUACCAAAAGUUGGACAUCAGAUCUGGCCAUGUUCACCAGACCUAGUUCCAUGGAUGGUUCCGUGCUACCAAAUGGUCGUCAAUUGCCGUCUCCCCCUGGUCCAUCCACCAGUCACCCAUUACCUGAUGUCACUAUGGUCAACCAGUCACCCAAUGUACUCCCCAAUGGUAACCGCAAGAGCUGCCACUUGCCUGCUUGUAAUUCAGCCAGUGAGGACGGGGUGAACAAGGACCCGGACCCUUACAACCACAUUGGACAGCCAGGGACUGGAACUGGUGGCAAAGGCACCAGUUGCAACAACAACAACAACAACAAUGAUGUGCGGAGACGCGAGGAGCAGGAGGGAGUGGAAGAGGAAGGGGAGAAUACGUACGACACGGCGUAUGACCGUGUGGGGACAGCAUCAUCAUCGGUUGUGGUGAAGAAGAGUGGCUGCAUCACGUUGACGCAGGCUGACUUUGAUAACUACGGCAGUGAGCAGUUGUACGCCUCUGUUGAUGGUGAUGAAGAGGAUGAUGAUGAUGCAGACAAUACUUAUGCAUCGCUAAGGCUCGGCAAGAAGCGACCAGCAGCGCCCCCACUGGCUCUGGCCCUCACUCCGACAGAUGCGACAUUCCGUGACAUCUCCUAUAGUAUUGUACCCGGCGACGACGACACGGACGACCCGUAUUCCAAGAUCCCGGGAGACCUUGUACUGGCAAGACCCGAUGUAGAGGACCCUUACUCUAGCGUGGACGGCAGACCGACGGACGGCUGCUGUGGUGCGGCGGGGCCAGUAUUACUGCCGAUAGCCGCAGCAACAGGAGCGUCGGCCAACAUAGCAGUCCCCGAGACCACAUCACCCCUGUCUCCUGAUGACCUGCCAGGUCACAUUGUCGAGGACGACUACGCUACAGUGAACAAGUUGCCAAGAAGCCCGAACAAUAUCGCUGUAACCCUAGAUGUACCCCCUGAUAUACUGAUGGCACCACCACCAGAACCACCGCGGGCCUACAAGGAGGAGGACUUCCUCAACCGUGACAACCCGCCACCAGAUCAUGUGGAUGCUGCUCCAGCUGGAGCUGGUCCCAUCCUUUUACCAGAGCCUGUUGCUCAGCCACCUAAAGCAGAAUACCCCUACACCAAAGUGACAGCCAGGGAGUCACUAUCCAGUAUAAAUGCCCGACAAAGACUGCUAAACAUGUACGAAACUGUUCCAGAAACAGAGAACACCUACGCUACCGUUGAUGGUGGUUCAGGGGAUGGUGUUGUCGUGCGUCGGACAAACCGUUCCGAGAGCAUCCCAAAACGAAAUAGCCAAAUUAGUGAAACAUAUGCUGAAAUUGGAGCAACAGGUUUACAUGCGGAAUCUGCGCCCGUUCCACCAUCACUUGAUUCCUUACGAACUGUAACAAAACAGAAUCCCCAUGGCAACGACUUCCGUCGGUCAGGGGGUGACUUUCUACAGGCGGCUGCUGAGUUGCCACACGAGUACGAUGUGGUGAGCAAACGUCGUACGUUCCCCAUAGACUUCUCACAAGCACACUAUGACGUUCCGUCAGCAUCCCCAUCAACACAAACCAUGUCAUCUUCAUCUCAGAAAGGUCUUGCUAACCAUAAUGAUUCCCACCAGCUGCCUCCACCCUCCUUGGGAGGUGGACACAAACCCAGAAGUCCCUUGGGUGGAUUUUCAAUUGCAUCCUUGUCAGUUGCAACAUCAUCAGGGGCGGGGGCAGGAGGAGCGGGGAAGUCGCAAGAGGCCGCCUCGGGCUCCUGUGAUUUGCCCUCGUCAAGCAAGAGGGACACACCUGAUUCCUCAGCAAGGAAUUCAUCCACAAUAUCCCCACGUACCGACCCCGAUUAUCAGAGUCUGAGAGAUGGCACCGGCAGUGAGAAUGACAGCGAGUACGAUCCUAACUACGAGACGGUGGAGGACGCGCAGCGCAAGGCGGCUGCACUGCGCCAAAGUAAGGCACAGCGACGCCACUUCUAUGAGGAAGUGGAUGCUGCACAGCUGCCAAAACCUUCGAGCCCGUCACCACCGUCGUCUGGCUGUGCCAGUGCAACGACAACACCAGCUGCACCGGUUGCAGCAAUGACGAGGGCGACGGCUGCAGACGCUCGCGAGCGUGUACUGCGCCAACACACGUACGAGGACGUGCGAGAGGUGAGAAGACAACACAGAGCAAUGCGCUGGAGCCAAGAGAAGUAAAAAAAAUAAAACCAAGCAAAAAACAAAACAAUAAUAAUGAUUAAAAAAAAUAAUAAAAUAGUACAGCAGCAGCAACAGAAGAACCACUGGAGGAAGAAGCCCCAGGGUGGAGAGGAAAAUAAAGUAUCAUUGAAGCAGUUGGCCGAGAGUAACUGAAGAGUAACCACGUAUUGAGUACUCCACAGCAACCGUUGCAAUGAACUUGCUCAUUUUUAUGUUUUUGUUGGGUUCCUAUUUUUAUUUAUUUUUUUUUUAUUUUUCCUUCUUACUGUUGUUGUUGAGGUGAGGGGCUGAAACCAGACUGGAUGAUCAUCAUUGUAACCAUCAUCAUCAUGUUCAGAUGAAAGGUUAAUGAUAGAGUGAAAGUGGGGAGAGGACUACAGGUGGUCAAUGCCAGCACCUGGGAGGGAAAGGCGGGGCGGCUUGAGCAACCUCUGUGGUAGAGAGGCCCUCCUUCAAUAAAACGCUGAAGAUGGACAGUAUUACUUCCCUUCGUAACACUACCACCCCCACCAUCUCCACUGCUGCCCACCACUUAUUUGAUAUUGUUGUUGUGGUUCUAGCAGUUGGUUGGCUGAGGUCAAUUUCAAGAGAACACCUCCCAGUUUCCAGCUGUUCUCUUCGUUUUUUUGUUUUUUUUUCUAAUUAUCAGAAAACAGUAUUAUUAAUUAUUGUGAGAAGCAGGCAGAACCAUUGGUGUGUCGGGCAAAAUGUGACUCGUUACAUUGUGAGUUCAAAUCCUGCCGAGGCUGACUCUGCCUUUCAACAUUGGUAAAAUGAGAACCAGUCAUGUACUGGAGGGGGUCAAUGUAAUCGACUGCCCCAAUUUCCCCCCAACAUUUCAAGCCUUGUGUCUGUAGUAGAAAGGAUCGUUAUUAUUAUUAUUAUUAAGGUGACAAGCAGGCAGAAUCAUUGAGUCUGAUGAAUGCUUAGCAUUGCUUUCAGUCCAUGAUGUUCUGAGUUCAAAUGCUACUGAGGUCAGGUAUGCCUUUUGUCCUUUAGAGAUUGGUGCAAUCAACUAACUCCUACCUGCCACAAAAUUGCUGGCCUUGGGCCUCAAUCAGGUGUUGUUGUUAAGGAAGUGAGCUAGCAGAAGAAUCAAUUAGAGCAACGUCAGAAAAAGUGUCUCAUGGUAUUUGUUCCGCUUGUUUACGUUCUGAGUUCAAAUUCCACAGAGGUCAACCUUGACCUUCAUCCUUUCAAGGGUUGAUAAAAUAAAGUCCCAGACAAGUACUGGAAUUAAUGCCCCUCCCCUUGAUUUUUGGCCUUGAACCAUUUGAUCAUUUGACCCUUGAACAAAAUGCCUCGCAGUAUUUGUUCCAGAUCUUUGGGUUCUGCAUUCCAAUUCUACCAAUGUCAACUUUGAUUUCUACCCUUAGGGGUCAAUUAAUUAGAGUACCAUUCAAGUACAAACAUCGAUUCAACCCCCCUCCCCAUUUCUGACCUAUAGCUCCCUGAAUUAGAAACUGAUGGCAGUGGGUUGACAAAAUUGUUAGAACAAAAUGCCUUGUGGUAUUUGGUUUGGACCCUUUAUAAUCUGAGUUCAAACCCCAUCAAAGUUCACUUUGCCUUUUACCUUUCCCUGGUUGAUAAAACGAAGUAGCAAUCAAGUAUCAGGGUCAAUGUAAUUGAUUGUACCUUGCCCCCUAAAUUUAUGGCCUUAAGUCUCUGAACAAAAAUUGCUAUUAGGAAGGUGAUUGGCAAUAUGGUCAAUUGUGGGGGUCUACCUUUGUCUCAAUCUGCUAUUAUUCCUAAGGCGAUUUCACCCUCCAAAAACAUAACCAUUUCAUUAUUUUUAAUAAUCUCUAAUCCUCAUAUAAAGCUCUCAGUAAAUCCAUAGAAUGCAUCGAGCUGGGUUCCUAAUCUUUUUUUUUUAGGGCAUAGAGGACAAAGGGCAGUGUCCGUGACCCUUUUUGAUGGUCACUGUGACUGACAGGAAGGGAAGUUAUCUCCCCUUCUUGGCCUGAAGGGCUGCAAUAGAAUGUGCCUUGCUAAAGGCAAACAAGGAGUCAGCUCUUUUCAAACCAUGCCAUGACCAUUCCACUUAAAUUGGUAAAAUACUGGAGGAAGGAGUGGCAGAUUGGUAGAAAUCAGAAGAGCAUCAGACAAAAUAUAUUUGUGGUACUCACUUAAAGCUCUUUAUGUUCCGAGUUCAAAUCCCGUUGCUGUCUUCUUUGCCUCCAAUCCUGCUGGGUUUCAUAAAGUACUAGCCAAGUAUGUGGGUCAGUUUAAUCGACCGAGCCUUCCUCAAAAAUAUCUGGUCAUGUACCUCUCUGUAAGGGAAAACAAAGAACAGUUAAAAGAACAAGACUACAUUGUGUUUCUUGUUGCUUUGAAUGUUGACACGAAGCAGUAUUAGACCCAAUCCCUUAAGACAAAUGCAUCCCUUGCCAUGCCUUGUCAUCUUCAGAUUCUCAGCAUUGUCUCGCUCUCUCUCGCCAAUAUAUUUUAUCAUCAUCACUGGGGUUAAACUGCUAGUUUUGAUGGGUUUUUUUUUUUUAUCAGUCACAUCAGCCCUGACUUUAGGAUGAUUUUAAUGAGUGUGUAUGAGAAGAUGUUGUACCUGAAGGUGGCAGGUUGUUACACCAGUCUGAGUGUGGGGAAUAAUAACCCAAAAAGUUGAGAUCAGGAGGUUGUAGAUUCUUUACUAAGAAACUAAGUCAUCAUACUUGUAAAUAAAGAUGGAAUUGAGCACGGUGUGGUGUAAAUGCCUUUCACAGCUUCAUUAGAAAUACCAUUGGAAGCAAACCUGUUCUGAAGGAACCGAAAGCAUUCCACAGAGUUAGCUUGCUGGAAAAAUUUGCUUCCCUUCUACAACUUGAAUGUCACAAUCUUUUUAUUUUCCUUCAGCAAUAAAAUUGAGUUUCUUUGUUCAUGUCAGGAACAUCUAUAAUUAUUCCAUUAA